UUGGUUUUAUUGUUGUUGCAGAAACUGAUAUACAAUGCAAUGCAAUGCAACAUCCAACUCCUUAUCUUCCUCACAUGCUCUCAAAUCUCAUCCAGUCACUUCUUUUUCUGUCCUCAACCACAUUAAAUACUUGUUCUGUGCAGUACUUCAAUAGUUAAUUGUGUUCUUUUUUUGUUCUCAUCUCCACAACUUGUCCUAAUCUUUCUGCACCAUGAUUCUCCUUGUUUUGCCUCUGCAAAGUGUUGUCUGCUAAAGGGUUCUGAGUAUUUCUUUGUGUGACAAUUAAGGGAGAAGAACUGACAUGAAAAUUCAGUGUGAUGUGUGUGAGAGGGCUCCUGCAACAGUGAUUUGUUGCGCAGAUGAGGCAGCUUUGUGUGCCAAAUGUGAUGUUGAAGUUCAUGCUGCAAACAAGCUUGCAAGCAAGCACCAAAGGCUUCUCCUUCAAUGUCUAUCGAACAAGCUUCCCAGAUGUGACAUUUGCCAGGACAAGCCAGCAUUCAUAUUUUGUGUUGAAGACAGAGCACUCUUCUGUCAGGACUGUGAUGAACCGAUUCAUUCAGCUGGAAGCCUCUCUGCAAACCACCAGCGGUUCCUAGCAACUGGUAUCAGAGUGGCCUCAAGUUCUAAUUGCACCAAAGACAAUGAAAACAGUCACUUGGAGCCUCCCAAUAGGAAUGCACAACAAGUUCCCACCAAAGUUCCUUCUCAGCAAGUGCCUAGCUUCACAUCCUCUUGGGCUGUUGAUGACUUUUUGGAGUUAACAGGCUUUGAAUCACCUGAGAAAAAGGAAUCUCUACAAUUUGGAGAGCUGGAAUGGCUUACAGAUGUGGGUAUUUUUGGUGAACAAUUUACUCAGGAAGCCUUGGCUGCAGCUGAAGUACCUCAGCUUCCGGUAACUAAUAAUAGCAGCAGUGUUGCCUCAUACAGAACCUCCAAGUCCUACAUGUCACACAAAAAACCAAGGAUUGAAGUCCUAAAUGAUGAUGAUGAUGAUGAUGAUGAGUACUUUACUGUGCCUGAUCUUGGAUAAGAACACGGAUUCCAUUUAGGAUGUUACAUGCAUGAUUGGAAAGACUAAUUAUGGGGUCUUCUGUAAAAUCUCUUUCAGUGAAAUAUCGACAGAGAUUAUUAUUUUCUCAAAAAUAAACUAUUCCAACCAGACACGUUGAUAUGUUGUAUAUUCAAUUAUUCAUACUUCACUAAGGACAAUGAUUUUGGCGACAUGUGUGGAGUUGAUAAGUAUUGUACUUUUGAUGUUUUUCUGCUGGAUAACAUAGAAUGAAAUUUUCGUGUCUUUAGUCA